UGUUUGCACUCUUACGAUUAAUGCUUCUGGUAGUGGGUGUGACUCGAUAUGACCAAGAUUUGAGUCGAGUCAAGUUUGUUAGAGAAGGUUAUUGUGAGAAGGAUAAUGUGGAGAAUGAUGAGGCUGUAGCACGUGCACUUCAAGAAGAAAUUUGGCGGAUUGAUUGUUUAGAAGCUUCCGGAGUAUUUAAUGGUGGGCCAGAGCAUUUGCAAGAAUCUGUUCUUGCACAGAAUUGGCUUGGUCCUUCGGGUAGACACUAUAUUCAUGGUAGUGGAAAUUUAGGGCAUGGCAAUGAUCAGCAAGCAGCAAAUGAACCUGGCAUACAGAUGGAGAAUGCAGUUCCCUGUGGAAUCAUAAUAAAGGAGGCGAGUGAUCAUAACAGAGUGGAAAAUGAUGUACAACCUGAAAUUAAAAUGUUGGCUUCAUGCUCUAUCCCAGGAGGAGAAAAACCAUCUUAUGUGGAUGAUUUGUUACAUAUAUACAACAUAGCUGAUGAGUCCAGUCUUGAUGGUGAAGUAGGCAAACGAUUGAAUCAGAUGGUUCCUAUUCCUGUAAGUAUAUGUGAGAAGGAUAAUGUGGAGAAUGAUGAGGCUGUAGCACGUGCACUUCAAGAAGAAAUUUGGCGGAUUGAUUGUUUAGAAGCUUCCGGAGUAUUUAAUGGUGGGCCAGAGCAUUUGCAAGAAUCUGUUCUUGCACAGAAUUGGCUUGGUCCUUCGGGUAGACACUAUAUUCAUGGUAGUGGAAAUUUAGGGCAUGGCAAUGAUCAGCAAGCAGCAAAUGAACCUGGCAUACAGAUGGAGAAUGCAGUUCCCUGUGGAAUCAUAAUAAAGGAGGCGAGUGAUCAUAACAGAGUGGAAAAUGAUGUACAACCUGAAAUUAAAAUGUUGGCUUCAUGCUCUAUCCCAGGAGGAGAAAAACCAUCUUAUGUGGAUGAUUUGUUACAUAUAUACAACAUAGCUGAUGAGUCCAGUCUUGAUGGUGAAGUAGGCAAACGAUUGAAUCAGAUGGUUCCUAUUCCUGUAAGUAUAUGUGAGAAGGAUAAUGUGGAGAAUGAUGAGGCUGUAGCACGUGCACUUCAAGAAGAAAUUUGGCGGAUUGAUUGUUUAGAAGCUUCCGGAGUAUUUAAUGGUGGGCCAGAGCAUUUGCAAGAAUCUGUUCUUGCACAGAAUUGGCUUGGUUCUUCGGGUAGACACUAUAGUUAUGGGCAUGACAAUGAUCAGCAAGCAGCAAAUGAACCUGGCAUACAGAUAAAGAAUGCAGUUCCCUACAGAAUCAUAAUAGAGGAGGCGAGUGAUCAUAACAGAGUGGAAAAUGAUGUACAACCUGAAAUUAAAAUGUUGGCUUCAUGCUCUAUCCCAGGAGGAGAAAAACCAUCUUAUGUGGAUGAUUUGUUACAUAUAUUCAACAUAGCUGAUGAGUCCAGUCUUGAUGGUGAAGUAGGCAAACGAUUGAAUCAGAUGGUUCCUAUUCCUCAUGUUCCUAAAACUAUUGAGAAAAUACCCACAGUUGAUGAAGAAAUAUCAGAUCAUCAAAGGCUGCUAGAGAGACUACAGUUAUAUGAGCUGGUUGAGCUUAAGGUUCAAGGAGAUGGUAACUGCCAGUUUCGUGCUUUAUCUGAUCAACUGUAUCGUUCUCCUGACUACCACGCUUCUGUAAGAGAACAGAUUACUCGACAGGUCCCGGAAGGACUCAGCAAGCAUGUUGUCUCGUCUAAGAAGGCUCAAGCUAAUUGGUACAGAAAACUAUUAGAGGCAUGGAGAGCAGCAAAACCCCCUCCAAAAACACCUGAAGAAGCUGCUAGGCUUGUCAUUGAGACACUGAAGAGACACCAAAAGGCAGAUGUUGAGGGUUUAUUGGCCUUCUAUGGUCUUCCUCUUCCUCAUACCCUAGUCCAACUUACUGCUGAGGCCCCAACAUCAUUGCCUGAAGGAGUAGAGUAUGAAUUUCAGACAUUUCUAGUUGAUCCAAGAGCUAUAGCAGAUGGAGAUGGGAUGACAGUGUAUGUCAGUACAACAGACCCAAGGGAGUCAUCUUGUGUUCCUAUAGAAGUACAAGUAGCAUCUGUCCAAAGAUCACAAGCGCGUGCUGAGAAAAAUUACACAGAAGCAGAUGCAAUUCACAAAAAAAUUAUUGAGUUCGGAUAUCGGAUACUCAAUCAGAACAAUGAGGAAACCCUUGCGCGAAAGUAUCGAAUUCGACUAAGGGGAAUAGAUGCACCAGAGAAUGAAAUGCCAUAUGGGAAAGAAGCAAAGGAAGAGCUGACAAAGAUUGUGCAGGGAAAGUGCUUGAGAGUCCUUGUCUGUGGGAUAGAUCAAUAUGGCCGCUACGUAGCUGACAUAUAUUGCAAUGGCAAAUUUGUUCAGGAAUUAAUGCUCAAGAAAGGUUUUGCAUGGCACUAUGAAGCCUACGACCAACGCCCAGAACUUGCAAGAUGGCAAAAAGAGGCCCGAGACAAGAGAGUUGGCCUGUGGGCUUCAUCGAAUCCUGAGAAGCCAUGGGAAUGGAGAAAGAACAAUAAGGAGAAAGGACAAAUGCGAAGGUAGAUGACAUUUUCCAAUAAAAAGGAAAGUGAGAUCUCCUUGUGACCAAUAAUUAUCUCAUGCAUCAGAUUCCUUCCUCUAUCAUUGUACGAACCUUGCAAUCCUAUAGGAUUCACACAAUGUGAAAGGAAGGGUGAAUAUUUAUCUCCGAUGUAUGUGGUACUUGUUAUGUGGUUGACUGCUUUUAACCAUAUGAGGCUAGAAGGCAAAACCAAUGUAACAUAUUAGGAUGUACUUCCAAGACCAAGGGUUGGUAGCAACUUGACACCGAAUGUCAAAAGCAUCUCUCCUCAUUUUAUGUACGAGUCAUAUGAACCAUUAUGUAUUUAAUCUUAGUAAAGGCUGUUUUAACUUACGUUUGAAUCAAAAACCCAAGUGAGAGGUGGGUUGUAAGUUGUAAGUUGUGUUACGUGAACAAAACAAAUCAAAUGAUCAUUGUGCCAAAGAGAAUAUGUAUGCUAGUAUACUGUACAGUAUUAGAGGCCUAAUGUUUAAGCGAAUUCUUGUUGAA